CUCCGGCCCCUCCGUGCCGGGCAUGGCUCUGCCUCCGCCCGCCGCCGCUGAACCCUGCGAGGCCGAGGAGAGUUUCUGACCGUGCCCGGCAACUCCGCGCUGCCGGGAACCCCGGGGGCUGCCUGCAGCGCGCUCCGACGCCCCUCUCGCUGCCGCACACAGGCGCGCUCCCUCGCCCUCGCCCCCCCCCGACUCCGCACGCCGUCUCCACCUCGCUCACACACACGCGCGCGCUCUUCCUCUCAUUCUCCCUUUACCCGUAGGUGAACCGAUAGCCAUUGAAUGAGGACGAAAAGUUAAGAGAUUAAACCAAUAUGAACCAUCGUUGCUCGUAGCAGUGCCGUAUCCAGAGCAGAGCAUUAUCCAGCGAGCAUCCCCAAAGGAAUGGAGUCGGUAAAACAAAGGAUUUUGACUCCCGGCAAGGAGGGAUUGAAGAAUUUUGCUGGAAAAUCGCUCGGGCAACUCUACAGAGUUCUAGAGAAGAGGCAGAAGCCCGGGGACACCAUCGAGCUGACUGAAGAUGGAAAACCCAUGGAAGUGCCCGAAAAGAAAGCCCCGUUGUGCGACUGUACCUGCUUCGGGCUGCCCCGGAGGUACAUCAUUGCCAUCAUGAGUGGACUGGGAUUCUGCAUUUCCUUCGGGAUCCGAUGUAACUUGGGAGUGGCCAUCGUGGAUAUGGUCAAUAACAGCACCAUACACCGAGGAGGAAAAAUUAUAAAAGAGAAAGCGAAGUUCAAUUGGGAUCCUGAAACAGUCGGCAUGAUCCACGGCUCUUUUUUCUGGGGAUACAUAAUCACGCAGAUCCCCGGAGGGUACAUCUCAUCGCGGCUGGCAGCGAACAGAGUAUUUGGUGCUGCUAUAUUGCUGACAUCUUCCCUCAACAUGCUAAUACCAUCUGCAGCCAGGGUGCACUAUGGAUGUGUCAUCUUCGUUAGGAUCUUGCAGGGCCUUGUAGAGGGGGUCACCUACCCUGCCUGCCACGGUAUUUGGAGCAAGUGGGCCCCCCCAUUAGAAAGAAGUAGGUUAGCAACCACUUCCUUUUGUGGUUCCUAUGCAGGAGCUGUCAUUGCAAUGCCUUUAGCUGGGAUUCUAGUGCAAUACACUGGGUGGUCUUCUGUGUUCUAUGUGUAUGGGAGCUUUGGUAUAGUCUGGUACAUGUUUUGGCUUUUGGUUUCAUAUGAGAGUCCUGCAAAGCAUCCUACAAUCACAGAUGAAGAAAGGAGGUACAUAGAAGAAAGCAUUGGAGAGAGUGCCAACCUCCUAGGUGCAAUGGAAAAAUACAAAACACCAUGGAGAAAAUUUUUUACAUCUAUGCCAGUCUAUGCAAUAAUAGUUGCAAACUUCUGUAGAAGCUGGACUUUUUACUUGCUGCUAAUUAGUCAGCCUGCUUACUUUGAGGAAGUGUUUGGAUUUGAAAUAAGCAAGGUGGGUAUCUUAUCUGCUGUGCCGCAUUUAGUGAUGACAAUUAUUGUUCCUAUUGGGGGACAAAUUGCUGACUUUUUAAGAAGCAGACAGAUUGUUUCAACGACUAAUGUGAGAAAGAUAAUGAACUGUGGAGGUUUUGGUAUGGAAGCAACUCUUCUUCUCGUGGUGGGAUAUUCACACAGCAAAGGAGUGGCUAUUUCAUUCUUAGUGCUUGCUGUAGGCUUUAGUGGAUUUGCCAUAUCUGGAUUCAAUGUCAACCAUUUAGACAUUGCCCCGAGGUAUGCUAGCAUUUUAAUGGGGAUUUCUAAUGGAGUCGGGACCUUGUCUGGAAUGGUUUGCCCUAUAAUUGUUGGAGCAAUGACAAAGAACAAGACACGUGAAGAAUGGCAGUAUGUCUUCCUCAUUGCUGCUUUAGUUCAUUAUGGAGGUGUGAUCUUCUACGGCAUAUUUGCUUCAGGAGAGAAACAGCCCUGGGCAGACCCUGAACAGACAAGCGAAGAGAAAUGUGGCUUUAUUCAUGAAGAUGAACUUGCUGAGGAGACAGGGGACAUUACUCAGAAUUAUGUAAAUUAUGGUACCACCAAGUCUUAUGGUGCUACAACCCAGGUCAAUGGUGGCUGGCCUAAUGGCUGGGAGAAAAAAGAGGAAUUUGUACAAGAGGAAGUACAAGACUCAUACAACUACAAGGAAAGAGAUUAUUCAUAACAAACCUAAAUAUUUGGUAUAUUUU